AUGGAACAGUCUCCCAAAACAUCCACCCUCGACCCCAAGAAGUGGCCUCAAUUCGAGGGACAGUGGCGCCACCGCACCAAAUUUUCAUUCUUUGAGAACUUCAUAAAGGAGGAUCUGGCGGUGCCUUGGCAGCGCUACUUUGUCGCCUGCCAGUUCAACGGACAGGGGUGUCCGGGCCUCAGAGUUGACUCCGUUAGCGCCCCACUAGUGGGGGUGUCGUCUGACAGUGGAGCUCCAUUCCUCGGAACCAGCCACUGGACCCUAGAUCCUGGUAGACUCUAUGGCUAUUUGGCUCCCCAGGAUCCCGAUCAGUUAAAGAAACUGAAAACUGGUACUCGUAACAAGAAUCGCACGAGGUGGCCACAGCACCCGUUAGUUGCUCUUGUGACUGCAGCUAAAUAUCAGUGUUUUCAGAUUCGAAUGCAGACGACAAGUGUCAAGCGAUCCGGUUCGAGGUCCGGGCUUCACCUCAUUCUCAAGAGACCCUACCCGAGAAACCUAACGCAUCCAGCACUGCUAUUCGCGGACGAUCAGGCUGGUGUCUACCAGGGCUGGGAUGACCACAAGGGUCCUGCAGCCGCUAACGAGGCCCAGAUAGCCAACGAAUUGGACGGUGUCCAGGUCAUGCUGCACGAUGCUCCAGAGGCUGACUCCAGUUCCCUUCCAACUGGGUCGGUUGCCUCCACAAGUGGGUCGCGUUCAUCGGUGAGGACCUCUGUGCGCUACGGCCACCACAUCGUCGUUACUCUGACGCAGUUUAUUCACGAACGUUUGGAUACCUAUUUCCGACCAUGCAAGAAGAACAUCUUUCCAAUCCAAUACCUAGACCUAAAAGCCUUCAUAAAGGACAACAAGAAGCUCUUUGUUGAGGUUGAUUAUACAAGGAGCAACUGUUUGGCAGCCUUGCGACAGUCUGUCAUGCAACGGAAGUGCCAGUGUCUCUCUGAGGAGUCAAUGGUUCCCUUCUACCUCGCCGACGAACUGGAAGAAGCCGGGUUCUGCCACUCACCGAAGAAGAUGCAGGUCAAUCACACAAUGUCGUGUCAUGACGAAGUACUCAAGAUGUCUGAUGAGGAGAUUCUGGAAGCCUCCCUACCCAAGAAGUGGUAUCGUGUGGUCUUAGUGCCACUGAAACAGAUCACAAAGUACUUUUGGCUUUGCCCUCAGCCUUGUGUUGAGCGAGUGAACGAGAUCGACCACCAGCAAACCCUACCUCUCUCGGGCCCUCUUCCUCAAGACUUACUCGAGUCCGUUGGACUCAACGUCUCCGAGGCUUCGAUCGACACCAGCGACUACCUAGUGGUCACUGUGGCCGCCGCACGUGCCAGAAUCCCCGUCAUGUCCGAGGGCGAAUCGGCGUCUUUUUUCAACCUCCUCGCUGCCCUGGGGGGCAUGUUCGGCCUCUUUCUGGGCCUGUCAGGCGUCACAAUGUUUGAAGUCAUUGAAGCUCACUUUAUUGUUCUAUCACACGGCUACGGAGUAUUUAGGCACGCCUUCAAGGUAGGCCUGGGCUUCGGCAAGAAAAUGCUUGAACGAAAAAAAAGUCCCGAGGACGGUGACGAUGACGGAGAGUUGGACGACACCGAUUUGCAACAAUCGACGCAACUCGGGUCGGUCCCUCCUUAA